AUGCGGCCCUGCGAGUGGGUGGCCAUUAGCACUACUCUCAGAAAGGGCCCACCAUCCACUGUUUUCCCCCCCGUCAUUCCCGGCCUUUCUUUCCACACCUUGCUACAAGGUGCGAGUGAUGUGAUGGAUCACGAUGCGACCGCCAGCCAAAAAAAAAAACAAGCAGGAAAGAAACCCCACGCCAAUUCCAAUUCGGGUCUAGCGUCACGGCCACCCGGAAGACCACGGGGAAACGCCGGAGAGGAUACGUACUCCACACAUCUCUGCGGCACUGCGGUGCAUUCUGUAGCAUCUUUUUUCUCCUUCCUUUUCUCCCUUCUCAGCUUCCCAUCGCCGAGCUUGACGCCCUCGGAUGGAUGGACGGACGUGUAUAUGAUAGAUGAUGUAUCCCGCAUCAAUACCUACAUCCCUCGACCCGAGGUUACGGUAAAGCCUGCUGAACUGUACUCCUUCUCAAUUACCACCAUUGUAUGUAUGCUCCCUAAUGGAAGCCAGCCAACAGACGCAAUGGGUGGACGGGAUCUACCCACAAUGGCCUCACUCUCGGUUCUGCAUCCCUGGGAUCCCCUACCAUCCGUCGGAGAACAUGUUACACUGUCCAUCAGAACCGCCUUGCUUCAUGUGACAUCUUUCCAGACAGCCUUACGCGACAUAUGCAUGUCUUCCCUGGCCCUACCCAUGAAGCAUACCGAGGUGGUACUCCCUAUGUAUACUACCUACACAUACUCCGUACUCAGUGCAGUUGGGGAAGCCGGAACACGCCAUCUCACUGGUGCGCAUACUUGCUUCCAUUUCUGCGUCGGCGAAAAGUCUUGUUGUACUCCGUACGGCCCGCGCCUCGUAGCCGGCUUCCACCCGGCUCCGACUGGCACCUCCCGGUCUGUGACAUCUGGUGAUAACAUGGUUCGAACUGCCGUAACCUAUGAUAAUAGUAAGUAUGUAUCACACGACGGAAUUCAAAUGCAAGCAGACUGGCAACAUAAUGAUAGCCUGAUGAGAUUCUCUCAUUGUGAUUUUGUCUGUAUACAUAGGCAGUGGGGGUUGCCGGCCGACCACAGCGCUGACCCCACCCUAACUUUGACAGUCGCGGGGAGCUGUGGCGCUAGCUUCCAGGAACAUCAGCUAAAGAAAGAACCCGCCACUUUUGUCAAUUUCAUCAUCAUCAUUCUCAAAUCUGAAUUGCUGCGAAAGCUUCACAACUACACCCUUUCCCUUGCCCCAACAACUUCCACCACGGUCCGAAAAGCCGAUUCUAUCUCGACGUAG